GUAUGAUUUUUAGGAUUUCCCCAAAUCUCAAUUUUACCUGAUUUUUCAUUGCAGAAUGUCUACUUCUGGUGAAGAUUUUUCUCAAUUUGGCAUUUCAGUAGAGGAAAAAGACAAGCUUGUAGCAGAGGUGAUUCGGUAUGUAUUAUUCAAGACUGAACAGAGUUCAGGGUGCCCAAUAAAGAGGGAGGAAUUAACUCAAUUGAUCACUGGCAAGAAUUAUCGUCAAAGAAAUCUGCCUGCUUUUGUUAUCAAUGAGGCGAAAUCGAAGCUUUCCUCCAUUUUUGGGUUUGAAAUGAGGGAACUUCAACGUUCCCGAUCUUCUGCUAAUCAAAACUCUCGCGCAUCUCAGCAAGUGGCAGCUGAUUCAAAGUCAUAUGUUCUCAUAAGUCAGCUACCCGCAGAUAUAUACAAGGCAUGUGUGGAGGAUGAAAAGAAAUCACAUGUCACUGCUCUUACUUUUGUCGUUACUAGCAUUGUUAAACUUGCUGGAGGAAAAAUUAAUGAAGAAAAUCUUUGGCAUCAGUUGAGACGGCUGGGAUUGUCUGAAACUGAUGAAAGCCAUCCUGUUCACGGAAACGUCAAACUAGCAUUGGAAGCAAUUGUUCAACAAAGAUACUUGCACAAAGAGAAAGUUAAAGGUCCAGAAGGUAAUACAACGUUUUAUGAACUUGCUGAGAGGGCACUAGAUGGGCCAAUUAAUGAUGGAAUGAAAGAGCAUAUAGCAAAGAUCGUGAACAAAGAUAUUGCCUCGGUGGACGCUGACUAGUUUCUUUACUGCUGACUGUGAUUCUUCACAAGUGUCUUUGGCCAUAGUUCAUAACUGUAUGAUAUUAGUCUUUGAAGCUGUUAAUUUGGUAUAUGAUGUUUUAGCUUCACCAGAAGUGCCACUUUCAUUCUUCGUCGACUUUUGUAGUAGUAGUCAUUAGUGUAUUUAGGCAGCUGUAUUUAUGUUAUUUAUCUGAUCAUCCUUUUUGUCUGGCAUACUUAUUAAGUUUUGGUUAUAGAAGUAUUAAUACCCCAUCUAGCAAAAA